AUGGUGGCGCCUGCCAAGUGGGCCAUCGUAACCGGAGCCAAUCGCGGCCUGGGAUACGAUGUUGCCAAGCAGCUGGCGGCUUCUGGUCGCUCUGUGAUCAUCACCUCACGAGACAAGGCUGCGGGCGCCGCUGCCGCCCAGGCUCUGUCCGAGGCCGCGGCUCCGGGUGCCAGGGUGGUGGUCCUCCAGCUGGAGGCCAGCAGCCCUGACAGCAUCAGGGCGCUGGCGGCCGAGGUCCAGGCCGAGUACGAGGGCCAGGUCGACCUGCUGAUCAACAACGCAGGCGUGGUUGUUGCAGACAUUUCAGCGGCAGACCACGAGGCCACCCUCAAGACCAAUCUUGAUGGCGCCAUCGACAUCACACUGGCGCUGCUGCCGCACCUGGCUCAGGGCGCGAGGGUCGUCCAGGUCGCAUCACAGAUGGGCAUGCUGGGCAUGGUGGGCCCAGGGUACCGCGAAUCCAUCAAGGCUGCCGCCACCCUGGAUGACGUCAGGGCGGCCGCCCACAGGUUUGACGCGGAGGACCUGGCCCAGAGCCACCCCAUAGGGCCGUCGUACGCCGUGUCCAAGGCGGCGCUCAUCAGCCAUGCUCGCAGCAGCUAG